AAUGCUCUUACUUUCCAUCGACUCUUAGACACUAUUUCACCAUCAGCCACACAUCAUUCACAGUAACGCGCAUUUCAGUCCUCUCUCUCUCUCUCUCUCUCUCUAGCUCUCUCUCUAUUUAUUUAUUCAAUUCCCCACUGACACUACCACCAUUUUCACCCAGCACUUCCUCGCAGUGGGAAAACUGUCAGGCCUUAAUUUCUUAAUAACCCUUUUCUGGGUUCUUCUUCAUUUCACUUCUAAUUACAAUUUUGAAGUUGUUUAGCUCUCCUUGAAGUUCUUCUACAUGCAAUGGCUCUUUGUACAUUCUCAUUUCCUGCACAUAUCAACCGGCCAACAACACAUUCAGAUGCUCAGAAAUCCACCUCUUUGUUUUCCCAUUUCUCUUGGGGAACAGUUCUGCCAUGCCAAUCUCAGCACAAGCUCAAUCAGGUCAGGAGGAAAAGGCCAGCUGGGAUUUGUGCAUCACUGUCAGAGAGUGGGGAGUAUCACUCACAGAGACCACCCACUCCUCUCUUGGACACCAUAAACUAUCCAAUUCACAUGAAAAAUCUUUCUGUCAAGGAGCUUAAACAACUAGCAGAUGAGCUGAGGUCUGAUGUCAUCUUCAAUGUUUCUAAAACUGGAGGUCACCUGGGCUCAAGCCUUGGUGUUGUGGAGCUCACUGUGGCUCUUCAUUAUGUCUUCAAUGCUCCUCAAGAUAGGAUCUUAUGGGAUGUUGGCCAUCAGUCUUACCCACACAAAAUCUUGACUGGGAGGAGAGAUAAGAUGCACACUAUGAGGCAGACAGAUGGGUUAGCUGGCUUCACUAAGCGCUCUGAGAGUGAAUAUGAUUGCUUUGGCACUGGUCACAGUUCUACCACUAUCUCAGCAGGCUUGGGGAUGGCGGUGGGAAGGGAUCUAAAGGGUGGAAAUAAUCAUGUGGUUGCUGUAAUAGGUGAUGGUGCUAUGACAGCAGGGCAAGCUUACGAAGCCAUGAACAACGCUGGGUACCUCGAUUCUGACAUGAUUAUAAUUCUGAAUGACAAUAAACAGGUUUCGUUACCUACUGCCAGUCUUGAUGGACCCAUACCUCCAGUAGGAGCUUUGAGUAGUGCUCUCAGUAGGUUGCAGUCAAACAGGCCACUCAGAGAAUUAAGAGAGGUUGCCAAAGGAGUUACCAAACAAAUUGGUGGUCCGGUGCAUAAUCUGGCAGCAAAAGUUGAUGAGUAUGCUCGUGGAAUGAUCAGUGGUACUGGUUCAUCACUAUUUGAAGAGCUUGGACUAUAUUAUAUUGGUCCAGUUGAUGGUCACAACAUAGAUGAUCUUAUUGCCAUUCUCAAAGAGGUUAAAAGUACCAAAACAACAGGUCCUGUCCUGAUCCACCUUAUCACUGAGAAAGGCCGGGGAUAUCCAUAUGCAGAGAAAGCUGCAGACAAGUACCAUGGAGUGGCCAAGUUUGAUCCUGCAACCGGAAAGCAAUUCAAAGCCAGUGCUAGUACACUUUCUUACACAACAUACUUUGCUGAGGCUUUGAUUGCAGAAGCUGAAGCGGACAAAGAUAUUGUAGCAAUCCAUGCUGCAAUGGGAGGUGGAACAGGCAUGAAUCUCUUCCUCCGCCGUUUUCCAACAAGAUGCUUUGAUGUUGGAAUAGCAGAGCAGCAUGCGGUUACUUUUGCUGCAGGUCUGGCCUGUGAAGGCCUAAAACCUUUCUGUGCAAUUUACUCAUCUUUUUUGCAGAGGGCUUAUGACCAGGUGGUACAUGAUGUAGAUUUGCAGAAGCUGCCUGUGAGAUUUGCCAUGGACCGAGCUGGACUGGUUGGAGCUGAUGGUCCCACGCAUUGUGGGUCUUUUGAUGUAACUUUUAUGGCAUGCCUGCCUAACAUGGUGGUGAUGGCUCCUUCUGAUGAGGCAGAGCUUUUCCAUAUGGUAGCCACAGCUGCGGCCAUAGAUGACCGACCAAGUUGUUUCCGAUACCCAAGAGGAAAUGGGGUUGGUGUUCAACUGCCGCCAGGGAAUAAAGGCACUCCUCUUGAGGUAGGAAAAGGCAGAAUAUUGAUUGAAGGGGAAAGAGUGGCACUUUUGGGAUAUGGAGCAGCAGUUCAGAGCUGUUUGGCUGCAUCCUCUUUGGUUGAAUCCCAUGGCUUGCGCCUAACAGUUGCUGAUGCACGGUUUUGCAAACCACUGGAUCGUGCUCUUAUUCGCAGCCUUGCAAAAUCACAUGAGUUUUUGAUUACAGUGGAAGAGGGAUCCAUUGGAGGGUUCGGAUCUCACGUUGCUCAGUUUCUGGCCCUUGAUGGCCUUCUUGACGGCAAACUUAAGUGGAGACCGCUGGUUCUUCCAGACCGGUACAUUGACCAUGGUUCCCCUGCUGAUCAAUUGGUCGAAGCCGGGCUCACCCCUUCUCAUAUUGCAGCAACAGUAUUCAACGUACUUGGACAAACAAGAGAGGCACUGAAGAUAAUGUCAUGAAGGGAAACUACAGAGUUCCCUUUUUUCACUGUAUACAAAACCAAAACUGUAAUGAUUUAUAUUUAGUUUCCCCAUCUGUAUAAAGUAGCAUAUUUGAGCAAAAGAGUGGCAUUAGCUGAAGGCAGCCUAACCAAUCCAGUACAUCAAUCACCAGCUCAAACUAGUUGAGUUCCCAGAGAUUUUAGCAUGUCCUAUAAAUGCAAGAAUUGAUUUGUAGACUA